GGCGGAGUGAGUUGGUUUGCGGAGGGUGAAGCUGGCGCACUGAUGACGGUAACGAAGUCGUGCUCCUACUUGCCAGCAGCACCUGUACCGGACGGACGCCUCCCCGCGACUGCUCGUGACAUUCACCUGACGGGGUGACUCCGGGAAGUCCCAUGUCGUGCUGAUACUACCCGCUGUGUGCCGGGCUCUAUGCGGCCGCUGGACCAUGAAUCUGCACCAGGUGCUAACAGGAGCCGUCAACCCAGGGGAUCACUGCUUCUCUGUGGGGAGCCUCCAGGAGCAGCCCAUAACGGCCUAUGCAUCUGGGUGUGAUGUUGUCAUUUUGGGAAGCGAUUUUGAGAGACUACAGGUAAUCCCUGGAGUCCAACAUGGCAAUGUGCUGGUGGGAUGUGUAGACUGUUCGAUGCAGCAGGGCAGGAUUGCAGCAUCAUACAACAAUUUGAUUUGCAUUUUUGAACCAGUAAAUCUGCUAAAACAAAAGAAUGCUCCAUUACAAGGAGGUCCCUCUCAGUGGCAGAAAAGUGGCCACAUAGUCUUGGACUCUGUUGUACAUAAUUUAACCUGGGACCCAACAGGUACACGUCUGUUAACGGGCUCAAGCAGCCUACAGCUCUGGUCCAGUGGUACUAGAGACAAGUUAUCCAGUGAGGACUCUCAGGAGAAACCAGACACUGAUUUUGCCAACUGGACAUGCAUCUGGCAGUGCAAAACUGCCUUCUCUGUCCACCUAAUGAAGUUUUCCCCAGACGGAGAGUUUUUUGCAACAGCCGGGAAGGAUGACUGCCUAGUGAAGGUCUGGUACAAUACUGAAAGCUGGCACUCAGCUGUUAAUUCUCCGGUUACCAGCCCAGAGAAAGAAGGUCAAGGAGAAGUGGAUUUCUCUUUUAUCUACCUUGCUCAUCCUCGAGCAGUGACUGGGUUUUCUUGGAGAAAGACAAGUAAAUUCAUGCCACGAUGCUCUGUAUGUAAUGUUCUUCUUACAUGCUGCAAAGACAAUGUCUGCCGGCUCUGGGCAGAGACAUUGCUGCCCAAUGACAGCCUUUUAUAUGGCGAUGGGUUUAGCCAAAAAACCGAGUCAGACGGCUUAAAUAAUAACUUCAAAAGAAAUCCAUCGAGUAAAGAGCGAGUGCAAAGUGCACUGGAGUUGAAUCUGAGGCAUUUUCGCAGAGGAAGGAGACGGUCUUUAGCAUUGGUGGCACAUACUGGAUAUCCUCCUCACCAGCAUGACGCUCAUGAGGUUCAUCGGAAUACACCCUUCCAUGGCAAUGCACUUUGUCACUUUCACAUUGCUGCCAGCAUUAAUCCAGCCACAGACAUUCCUCUGCUUCCUUCCAUAUCAUCAAUGAGUCUUGGAGAAACUGAAGAAAACAAUGGCCCUUUUGUUGUACAUUGGCUAAAUAACAAGGAGUUGCAUUUUUCCUUGUCUAUGGAAGUCUUCCUUCAACAACUGAAGAAGAGCGUCGAGCAGCAGUCUUCAGAAGCUAAUACUGACGAAACCAACCAGGUGGAAGGGAAUUCAGAUGAAGAAAAUGAUGAUAUUGGGGAAACUGAUAAGAAAGUGGGCACCGAAAAGAAAGAGGUGACUGGUGAGAAGGCCGUGACAAAUGCUUCCCAAGUUUCCUUCCCAUCAUCUGUUAUUGAUCAUGAAAUAGAAUUCCUGCUGUCAGAAUGGAACAAGAACCCAGACAUGUUGUUUAGUAUUCAUCCUGUGGAUGGCUCUUUGCUUGUAUGGCAUGUCGAUUGGCUGGAUGAAUAUCAGCCUGGCAUGUUCCGUCAAGUGCAGGUGUCUUUUUCAUGUAGAAUUCCAGUAGCAUUCCCAACCGGAGAUGCCAAUUCUCUUUGCAGGAGUAUUGUGAUGUAUGCCAGCACGAAAAAUUUAGAGUUGGCUAUUCAGCAGGGCAAACAAAAGCCCUCUGGUAUGGCACAUUCAUCUUCAAUGCUAAUAUCCGCUGGACAGACCAAAGCAUCCAGCAGUCUGAAACUGAGCAUUUUCACCCCUAAUGUCUUGAUGAUCUCCAAGCACGCAGAUGGGUCGCUAAAUCAAUGGCAGGUUAGCUUUGCUGAGGAGUCCGCCUUUUCAACCGUGCUCAGCAUUUCUCACAAGUCCAGAUACUGUGGUCAUCGCUUUCACCUCAAUGACCUAGCCUGUCAUUCCGUGCUGCCCCUACUGCUGACAACCUCUCAUCACAACGCUCUGCAUCCAGUAGAAGACAAUGGGGUCAGAGAGUCUCCUGACUCGUCCCGUGGAGAUUUUAAUUGCAAUCAAAAUGAAUCAGAUGUAGACAAAACCUGGCAAGACCCAAAUGCAGUGUAUAGUGAACUCAUCCUCUGGAGGGUGGACCCUGUUGGACCCCUGUCUUUUUCUGGUGGCGUUUCCGAGCUGGCUCGUAUUAAUUCGCUUCACGUUUCUGCUUUCUCAAAUGUUGCCUGGCUCCCAACUCUUAUACCAAGCCACUGCCUAGGAACAUACUGCAAUUCACCGAGUGCAUGUUUCGUUGCAAGUGAUGGCCAGAAUUUAAGAUUGUAUCAAGCGGUGAUUGAUGCCAAAAAGCUACUGUGUGAGCUGUCCAACCCCGAGAUCUCAAAAUACGUUGGGGAGGUUUUCAACAUCAUUAGUCAGCAAUCUACUGCUAGACCGGGAUGCAUUAUCGAGCUGGAUGCCAUUACCAGCCUGAACGGAAGAAAAACACAGCUGUUACAUGUUUUUCAAGAAGACUACAUACUGGGAAAUCUAAAGAAAACAGGGUCAUCUGGAAUAAGUGGUCUUCUUUCAGAUUCUGAAAGCUCUCAAAGUGGAUUUUCGGAAAAAUUCUACUUGGUGGUGAUUGAAUGCACAAAAAACAAGCACUCUGUGUUACAUAUGUGGAAAUUACACCUGAAAUCCAUCCCUGUUGCUCUGGAGGAAAAAUCUAGCUCCUCAGAAAAUAAUUCACCAAGAGAUGACUCUUUCAGUUCUGCCUCAGGAGAAAAGGUUCGGUCUCCACUUACUCAAAGAUACCAGACCUGUAAAGCAAAUUUACAGAGUACUAGCAAGAUGUCCCUUUCCUCUGAGCUUGUGUAUAGCCGAGAAAUGAGUUUGCCUGAUGGCGUGGAAUUAAUUAGUGUUAAGCCGUCUGCAGGGCUUCUCAGCUCUUCUUCAAUAUACCCAGUGUGUAAUGCCCCCUACCUACUAGCAACUUCUUGUUCUGAUGGUAAAGUGCGAUUCUGGAGGUGCACAGCAGAUUCGGACCUUUCGCUUUCUCCAUCUGAUCUGGAGAAUAGCCUUGUAUACAUGUGGGAAGAAUGGCCUUUACUGAAUGAGGACGGCUUACGAAAUAGCGCUGUGAGCGUACCAGGCAGGCCCGUAGAAGUGAGCUGCGCACAUGCUAACUGCCUGGCGGUCGCAUUCAAGCAAACGCCGCACAAAACUAACAAUUCCUCUCGUGACUUUUUGAUGCAUGUGAGCAUCUUUGAAUGUGAAUCAACCGGCGGCUCUUGUUGGAUUCUGGAACAGACUAUUCAUUUGGAUGAGCUAAGCACAAUUUUAGAGCCUGGUAUAAGUAUUGAUAAUAACCUAGUAGCUUACAAUAAGCAAGAUGUCUUUUUAUCUUCCAAAAAGCAGCUUCAACAGAGCACAAAACAUUUAGUUCAUUUGGACUGGAUGUCCAGGGAGGAUGGUUCGCAUAUUUUAACCAUUGGCAUUGGUUCUAAACUUCUUAUGUAUGGCCAGGUUGCAAGAAAACUACCGGAACACUCUAGUAAAGAAAACUUUGCAUUGCAGCUCUGGGAUACCGCCAAAAACACAUCUCAGCCUAGGUUUGUACUGUUGAGAUCGGUGGAUUUAGUGUCUUCUGUGGAAGGGUCUCUUCCUUUACCUGUGUCCUUGUCUUGGGUUCGCGAUGGUAUACUUGUUGUUGGGAUGGAUUGUGAAAUGCAUGUCUAUUCCCAGUGGCAGCCUUUUUCUAAACAAGAUUCAUCUAGCACAGAUUCUUAUAAUGGAAGCACCCCAUCUAUCACAAAUUUGGUUAAGCAAAGCCAAUCUGUUGGGUCUGGUCUCUACCCGCCAAAGAAAGCCAUGACCAGGUCCAUGACUAGCUUGGCACAAAAACUUAUGGGAAAGAAAACUGCAUAUGAUCUUCCUGUGGAGAUGGAAGAUUCUGGGCUCUUUGAAGCUGCUCAUGCUUUGUUUCCAAUUUUACCUCAAUAUCAUCCAUUGCAGUUGUUAGAAUUGAUGGAUCUAGGAAAAGUGCGCAGAGCAAAAGCUAUCCUUUCUCACCUAGUCAAAUGCAUUGCAGGGGAGGUGGUCUCUCUUAGCGACAAUGAACCCACCCCAGAGCGCAGGCUCAGAUCCCUCUCGAUUAGCGCCAGCGGAAGCACUGCUCGUGAUCCCAAAACAUUCAGAGAGCCAGAGACAGCAGAUUACACAGAAAUUGAGGCGGUACCUCCCCUACCAUUGUAUGCCCUUCUCGCUGCGGAUGAAGAUUCCUCCUUCACUUCCACAGUUGAGAAAUCCAGCAAUUCCAGCAAGCCAACGGAUAGCAAUGCAAAUGAUGAGAACUAUGAUGAACUCUUCCAGGUUCCUACUCUGAGCACUGAUGAACUUACAACCUUGGACUCGGAAGAAGAGAACUCUAAGCCUCAAGUCAUCGACCUUUCUCAGUACAGCCCAACCUAUUUUGGUCCAGAACAUUCUAAGGUCCUAUCUAGACAUUUGCUCCAUUCCAGCUUACCUGGUCUGACGCGCAUUGAACAGAUGUCUCUAAUGGCUCUAGCAGACACCAUUGCCACAACAAGUACAGAUAUUGGUGAAAGCAGAGACCGUAGUCAAGGUGGAGAGACCCUUGAUGAAUGUGGUCUUAAAUUUUUCCUGGCUGUUCGUCUUCAUACGUUUCUCACGACUUCCCUUCCUCCGGCAUACAGAGCUCAGCUUUCUCAUCAAGGCUUAUCUACAAGUCAUUUUGCAUGGGCUUUUCAUUCUGUGGCGGAGAACGAGCUCCUUGCUACACUCCCAGCAAUGCAGAAAGGUGACACCACCUGGGCAGAGCUCAGGGCAAUGGGGGUAGGCUGGUGGGUCAGAAACACAAACAACUUGCGGAUGUGCAUUGAAAAGAUUGCAAAGGCAGCUUUUCAGAGAAACAGUGACCCCUUAGAUGCUGCCAUAUUUUACCUUGCCAUGAAGAAGAAAGCUGUGAUAUGGGGGCUAUAUAGGUCUCAGCACGACGCAAAGAUGACUGCGUUUUUUGGGCACAACUUCAAUGAAGAGAGAUGGCGGAAAGCAGCUCUGAAGAAUGCUUUCUCUCUGCUUGGCAAACAGCGUUUUAAGCACUCUGCGGCUUUCUUUCUUCUGGCUGGAUCUCUGAAGGACGCUGUGGAGGUUUGUCUUGAGAAAUUACAUGACAUCCAGCUUGCAUUAGUGAUAUCGAGACUCUAUGAAUCUGAAUUUGAAAAAUCUUCAACCUACAAAUCAAUCUUGCAGAAGAGAGUGCUGGGUAUAGAGUCAUCUGGCCGAGAUCCCACACUGUCGUCAAUGCACCCUGACCCCUUUGUGCGCAGCAUGGCUUACUGGAUUUUGGAGAAUUACAAAAAAUCGUUAGAAACUCUGUUGAAGCAGUUGUUUAGAGUUGAAGAAGAUGACUCUUGGAGCCUGUCAUCAAAUUGUGAUCCAUCAGUCUUCAAUUUCUACAAUUUCUUAAGAACUCACCCCAUGUUAUUAAGGCGACAAUUCGGAUCGUCUGAGUCCUCGUCUACCAAAAUGCGUCUGUCUGUUGAAAAAGACUUGGCAGACACAAUUAACUUGGGGGAAAGAAAGCUGUUCUUUACUACUGCCCAUGCUCAUUUGAAAGCUGGCUGUCCAAUGUUGGCACUGGAAGUAUUGUCCAAAAUGCCCAGAGUAGUCAAGAGGUCAAAGCCAUUGCUUCGAACUUCAAGUUUAGCAGAUACAAGCAAGGUGUCUACACCAUUAUCUCCUUUACUUGAAGAGAAGAAAGAUUCGGCUUGUGACUUUGAUUGGUCAAGCUCCUUGGUCAAUGGAGUAUCUCACGUGUCCUCAGAGAAGCAGCAACAUUCUGCCCUUUCAUUUGACUGGAGUCAGCCAUCAAUAGCAUCUGAAGAUGAGCCAUUGGAACUAAAGUGGGAUGCUGAAACAGAUGAAGAGUCCGAAGGGUCUGGAUUGUCCAUGAAAGACUUAAAGCCUUCACAGAGCACAGAAAGUGAUAAACCCUCGGCAACAACCACUAGUUUAUCUGAGUCUAUCAGCAUUGAUGAAAAUGAUGUCCUUAGUCACUCAAAAGAUGUGAUCGCUGCACAGCUAAAAUUCAGAGCAUGUCUGAAGAUUCUGACCGGUGAGCUGCGGACAUUAUCUACUGGGUAUGAAGUCGAUGGGGGCAAGCUGCGAUAUCAGCUAUAUAGUUGGUUGGAGAGAGCAGUCGUUGCUCUUCAGAAGAUAUGUGAAUACAGCCCUAACCUGGAGGAGCCGAACUUGGCAGCAGCUAUCGACUAUUCCUAUGACGAUAGUUCAGAUAGUUCUUGUGAUCAAGUGACAACAAAGCAGAGGAAAGAUGUUUUUCAGAGACGUCAGUGGCUACUAAAAUUCCAGUCCCUUCUGCGGAUGUUUCUGAGUUUUUGUGUCCUGCAUGGAUCUCAUGGUGGUGGGCUGGCCUCAGUCCGAAUGGAGUUGAUUUUGCUUCUUCAAGAAUCUCAGCAGGAUACCUCUGUUCUUUCCAGUCCUCAAACAGAACAGACUUCAAUCCCGCUUUUAUUUGCUUGCACAGCAAGUGCCAAAACUGUUGUGGCCAAUCCAUUGUUACAUCUCAGUAACUUAACCCAUGAUAUUCUGCAUGCCAUAAUCAAUCUCGACUCCCCACCUCACCCAGAUGUCCGUAGUAAUAAGAUAUAUGUGAUGCACACUCUGGCUGCAUCGCUCUCUGCCUGUAUCUAUCAGUGCCUUUGUGGAGGAUCAGCCAACAGUUCCUCUAUUCAAACCAACCAGUUUACAGGUAUGGUGUACCAGAGUGUUCUUCUAAUCCAAAGGCAGCCUCUACGCACAACCAGUCUGGAUGAAGCCGUUAUACCAAACACCUCACCCGCCCAUUGGCCAGGAAUAAGUAGUUUAAUCCGCCUGCUUAAUUCUGCUGGAGAAGAAGCCCAACCAGGCCUUACGAUCCUGCUUUGUGAAAUUCUUACUGCCGUGUACCUGAGUCUUUUCAUCCAUGGAUUAGCCACUCACUCAAGCCAAGAGCUAUUCUGCAUUGUUGGCCAUCCUUUGGGUGACAAAAUGUGGUCUGCAGCCUUUGGUGGAGGAGCUCGAAUUCCAUGUAGGGGACAAAUGCCUGUGAAACCAGUCACAGUUGUUUCUCCUCCAGUAGAAGAAAAUGACAAGGCUUCAAAGCGAUUCAGACUUUCUACAAGAACUCAGCUCAAAGACAGUCCAUCUGCUUUAGCUUCACCGUUGUUGGACCAGGGUUCUUCCCUUUUCCGUGAGAAAUUCAUCCCUCCUGAACUCAGCAUCUGGGAUUAUUUCAUAGCAAAGCCUUUCUUUCCACUGUCACAAAAUAGACUGGAAUAUGAUUCUGAGGACAGCCAAGGAAGUGAUGAGGAGGAAGAUGAUGACAUAUCUCUAUCUGAUGUCCAGAUUCAAGAGCACUCAAACCCUAACUCAUAUAGUUGGGCUCUAAUGCGCCUUACUAUGGUGCAGUUUGUGCUUCAGAAUCUGAAGGGCUUUUACCCGUUAGCAGGACAUGAACUUUCAGAACUUCCAAUGGUGUCUCCACUCUGCCAUGCCACUCUGAAGACUUUGCAGAGAUGGGAGCAAGUGCUCUUAAGACGGCUUGAGCUAUAUGAGGGUCCCCCACAAGACUUCAUCACAAUACCAACCACAGAGGAGGCCUUGUCUGCUGGCCCUGCUAUUCUGAGACAUAAAGCAUUGCUGGAGCCCACAAACACACCCUUCAAGUCCAAGCAGUCAAGCACAUUACCAGUGAAGAGACUUUGGCAAUAUCUAGUAAAACAGGAGGGAAUCCAAGAAACCUUUAUCAGAAACAUCUUUACCAAGAAACGAUCUCUUAAUGAGACUGAAGCUGAAUUGGUGUCCUCAGGAGGAAGAGCACGAAUUAUCCAUAAAGAGUCUGAUAUUAUCACUGCUUUUGCGGUAAAUAAAGCCAACAGAAACUGUAUUGCAAUUGCUUCAAGUCACGACAUCCAGGAGCUUGAUGUGUCUGCAAUUUUGGCCACCCAGAUUUAUUCUUGGAUUGAUGAUGACUUUGAAAUGGAAAACAAAGGACCUGAUGACUUUUUGGUUGUACACACCCGGGAUGAUCUUUCAGCAGUUCAGGGCUCAACUCCUUACACCCACAGUAAUCCUGGAACACCGAUAAAUAUGCCCUGGCUAGGAGGGGUUCAGACAGGAAGAGGGGCAUCUGUGAUGAUAAAAAGGCAAAUCAAAGAUGUCCGAAGAAUGGCUUCACAUCCAACCCUGCCUUACUAUCUCACUGGAGCUCAAGAUGGCAGUGUAAGGAUGUUUGAAUGGGGUCACGCUCAACAGAUAACUUGCUUCAGGACAGGUGGAAAUUCCAGAAUAACUCGGAUAAAGUUUACCCACCAAGGAAACAAGUUUGGAGUAAUGGAUGCUGAUGGAUUUAUCAGUCUGUAUCAGACCAACUGGAAAUAUAGUGCUGCUAGUGGAAGUCCUCCCAAGCCAUACUUGACGUGGCAGUGCCAUAACAAAACCGCCAAUGACUUUGUUUUCAUAAGUUCAUCUUCUCUGAUAGCAACAGCUGGGCAGUCAGGGGAUAACAGAAAUAUCUGUUUGUGGGAUACACUUGUUACACCGGCAAAAAGUUUAGUUCAUGCUUUCACCUGCCAUGAUAGUGGAGCAACUGUUAUAGCUUAUGCACCAAAAAAUCAGCUUUUAAUAUCUGGUGGAAGGAAGGGUGUCAUUUGCUUAUUUGAUUUGCGGCAGAGACAACAGCGGCAUGCUUUCCAGAGUCACGAUUCUGCAGUCAAGGCCACUGCUAUUGACCCAACAGAAGAAUAUUUUGUCACAGGAUCUGCAGAGGGUAACAUCAAGGUCUGGAGCCUGAGUACUUUUGGUCUGAUGCACACUUUCCUCAAUGAACAUGCGCGUCAAUCCAUCUUCAGAAAUAUCGGAACAGGCGUGAUGCAGAUAGAAACUGGGCCGGCUAAUCACAUUUUUUCUUGUGGUGCAGAUGGAACAGUCAAAAUGAGACUAUUACCUGACAGGUUUAGUACAGUUAACGACCUUCUGAAAAGUGAAGUCAAAUUUAUUCUCUGAACUCUUUCCUUUGUCAUUUAACCCUGUGGACUCUUUCAACUCAUUGUCCUGCACUAGCACUGAAAGUGGAUACCAGUGUCAUGUAGUAGGUAAGAGUAGUGGCCGGCAGAUGAAAUGUGCAAUGCUUUAAAGAUGUGCCACUGUGAUGCUUUGAGCAGUUUAUAUUUAUUUUUGUGAUUUUUAUUUUAUUUUUUUCCUGUUUUUGCCCUUCACGCACUGAUGCCUUAAAUGAUUAACACAAUUGUUCAUCAAUUGAAUGCUAUGUUGCCUAAAAUAGGAAAGUGGAUAAAUAUGUAAAUUAAGAUAUAUAUGUAUACUUAUAUAUUCCUACAUACUUGUGCUGCUGAAGAUGUUUGUUUUUUUUUUCUUCUAAAAAUUUUUUUUUACAUGUGUUUAAAAUCAGCACAAUCGGAGAAUAUUUUAUUAGUUGUGUAUAACCUUUAAACCUUACGAUUUAAUUAUAGUUAUAUAUACAGAAAUUAAUAUAAAUUAUAUUUUAGGGCAGUUAAGGAUCAUUGUAGGAUAUACAAUUAGGUAUAAAUGUACCUAUGUGAAAAAAGGAAACAGUCUCCAAGUAUAAAACUCCACAAAUAAAAUAAAAAAAUAAAAACUGUUAUUUGUUUUUGGCCUAUGUUUAGUAUAAUGAUCUUUAAAAGCACUUAAACUGUAUUACAGUACUACAGCUUUACAGCAAAGUUUUGUAUAUUUGUCAGAAUUAUAAAAAGGUGUAAAUUCAUAUUUUUCUUUCUUUCGCCAAAGCGUAGGCUUAUGACUUAAACCUAACUCCACUGAAAUCUUAAAAACGUAGUAGUAACCACCAAUUUCCCAGGUUACACUCCACAGGUUACCAGAAGCUGAGCUAUAUGGAGGAGCUCUGGUGGAGACCUUGGGCAGAAAGCACAUAUGCCGUUUGGUAGUUUUUAUUUUCUUUUAUUUUCAGGAGUGGAUACGAAAGAGAGGUUUAUUAGACCUGCUUCUUCUCUUUGCAUCCACUAUAUAUUUCAAGUCUUAAUUUUUGUAGCUAUGCUUUGCUGCCCUGUGUAGACCUUUUACAUGGACUGAGCAAGGGUUAUUGUACUUUACUGAACAAAAUACAUUUUCUGCAGGCAAAACCGUGAAACCUGCAUACUCUAGUGUCAUUUGUAAUCGUUGCAUUCCCUCCAUGUUACCAGGGUUAGCUAAAGCGUGAGGAUGCCGGAACAAUAACUACUCACAUCCUUAAGAUCCUCGAUCCCAGAGAUUGUGUGUGUGUGGUGGCUGAUGGGGUAGGAUUUGAAGUGAACUGCAGUCAAACUGCAUUUUCAUACUUAAAGUGGAGUUUUAAAGAAGUUUGACCAAAAAAAAAAAACUUCAAGAGCACAAACAGCCUAAACUUUUUUUU